AUGGUUCGCCAUCUAGGAAUCUCCGGUAUAUUGCUCUGUGUGUUUCCAUGGACAACCACGUCGUCGCUCAAUUCUCUCCACAGUCAGUCGAGGACUACCCCUACGACUAUUAAUACUCGCACCGGUGUCGAGUGUACCAAGGUUGGCGGCUUCUUCUCCGCGGUUGUGAGAUUGUGCAUCUGUGAGCCAUGUCACGUGUGCGAGUUCAAAAAGAACUCGCUGACUUGCGGGUACAAAGAACAUAAAGAGUUGGAUGCAUCGGACGGCUCGGACUUGACAGUGGAUCAACCUCUGCUCGCGCCGACCGAUUGGUUUCUUACUGAGGAGGAGGUUACAGCGUCACGGAAUGGCUCAACUCGAGGCGACAUGGCCACUUACACGACCGGGAACGACGUCACGACAUACACCGUACCGAAAGAAUUCUUUGACGCUGCUUUUACUGAUCUUUCGUCCACCAAGGAGGGAGAUCGAGUCAUGCUGGCAGGUUGGGGUACAGACCUCAUUCCGUUCCAGCCCGAUGUCGACGGUGGCAACCAGUCCCAAUUACAUGACGUGGUUGAAGGUAUAAUACAGCGUGGCGGCAGUUUCCACGCAUUAAUAUGGGCUAAUAUGCUAGGCAAAUCGCAGAAUAUUAAGGUUCGCGACGACAUUAACGAUAUCGCGGCAUCAGUAACGACAGGAAAGAAGCCACUUUUCCUAUUUGACGACCGCGUACGGACGAUUUCAUCAACUCACCACCAGAAGAAUCUAAUCAUAGCAUCUACCAAUUCGACGGAGGUGGAUCAACACCCUGUGGCUUACGUUGGUGGGAUCGACAUCACUUCAGGUCGUUGGGAUACGAUCUACCACAAUGAGUCGGAACUUCGCGAAUCUACCGGUGUGAGUGGCUCCUUCAAGGGCUGGAUAGACGGCCAUGUCCGUAUUCACGGGCCGGCAGCGAAAGAUGUGGCUGGAAACUUUCUCAGUCGCUGGAACUCCGACUACGAACCAACACAGGGUCUUGCCAAGGACUUGCUCGACUUUGACAACCCGCCAUACGACGACUUAGCGCCUCUAGACUACACCAGCAGCAGGACCAAGUCGGAGUUAGGCAGCCAAAACGUACAGAUCGUACGGACGUUCAGCUGCAAGUAUGAGCACUACGACGAGUUCGCUCCCUACGGCGAGAACUCACUGUUCCAAGCACGAAUCAAGGCGCUUUUGAGCGCCAAAAACUUUAUCUGCAUUGAGGAUCAGUACUUUAUCCUCGUACCAGAGCUACUUGAAGCCAUACUACAAGUGAUGCCCACAAUCCAACGACUCAUUGUGGUGGUGCAACGUCCAGUUGGGAGGUCGAAGUUCUCUGGAUACGAGAAGUAUAUGUUCGAGAUGACAGCGCCGAUACAGAAACUGUACCCGAACAAGAUCCAGAUUUACACUACGAAGGAAGAACUGGAUCUGUACAUCCACUCAAAAGUUGUGAUCAUCGACGACGUGUACUUGUCAGUAGGCUCAGCGAACUGGAAUCGUCGAAGCAUGACUUCGGACUCGGAGCUGGCUGCCAACAUCAUUGACGACGAGACGGUAGAAUCUCCGGACGGGAUCACAGUACUGAAGGCAGCACGCGACUUUCGGAUCCGCAAAUUUCAGGAAAUGACGGGUCUUAGCUACGAAGAAUUGGACGCUAUGCCGUUUAUUGAGGCCGCGAACCAGUUUGAUGUCGUUGUUGCUGACAAUUCAAGCUUCAUUGAAGCGUACGAAGUAAAGAAACGGACGUAUUUUACUGCAGUGACCGAUGCUGUGCGAAAGAGAGUAGACCCACAGGACACCUGCACGUAG